GAGAGCAUCAGCGAGUAUCCCGAGAUCAUCAAGAGGGGCAUCACGAAGCGGAUCUCAUCAUGGAAGCCAUCGCUCCUCUGAUGACGAGGCUUGACCGCGACAGCCUUUGUCCUUAUACCGGUGAGGACGAAAGAGGAAACUUUGAGCAUCCAGAUCAACAAUCCCUCAAGGAGUACUUCGAUGAGAAAGCCAGUCAAAGGUCGCCCUGCUGGUACUUCUAUGAGAACUCCUACCAUCGCAAAAAGGGCCUGGUCAAGAAGUUCAUUUGCAAAGCGUGCCUUCGAACUGCGCAUCUUCCAAAAUUGCUUAAGCACAAGUGUACUAAGAAGAAGCUGAAAGACAAAAGGAGACUGACUUUGCUCUACAAACUGCGCCGCAUGAUUGCCAGCACCACGUCGGAACCUGCAAAGGCCAAUUUGCAAGUCAUAGCGCCUUUUGAAGGUAUGGCAAUUCUCUCUGGUUGGCCAUGCCGUCCCAUUCGCUUGCAAUGCUACAAAGAUCCAGAAAUUGCCUUGCGAGUGCAAGCCAUUCAAGUGCAUAAGGAACGUUCGCGACCCUUUGUGUUGGUCAAUUUGCAUUUGCAGAGUGGCGACAAGAGGAUUGCCACUCUACGUGACCUGCAGGUCUACAAUUCGCAAAACGAAGUCCCACGGGACGGGAAGCUGGGCAUCUUUGCUGGAAGCAAAAGUGAUGGCAGUGGGUCGGCUAAAGCCACCGCUCGCAAACGUGACACGCGUGAAGCCAUGCGAGCCUUGAAGAACAUCAAGCUUCCUGGUCAAUUUGCGUUUCUCUCGCCUUUGAUCCCCAUGCUUGUCGAUUUGCUUGCCUUGCAUCCUUCCAAGCUGACAGUGAAGCCGAAAAAGAAAAAGAAAACCAAAGCAAAGCCUAUACCACAUGCUAAGCCAGAUGCUGUGCAAAAAGACGCUACUGCUGAAGUCCGGCCACCCUGCUGGUAUCACCAAAAAGGUUGCUGCAAGUUUGGUGAUUCCUGCUGGUACUCACAUUCACAUGUGCCUCCACAGCAGAGCCAGCCUGCAAAGGCCAGAGAAGAAGUUGAGUCCAAGACAUCACCUUCCAAAUCCUCAGCCUUCUUGCCCUGGGAUUUGCGCAAAGAUGAUUGGAACGGUGAAAUUCAUAGCCUUGCCUCAUUUAGCAACAGGUUGGAUCAGCUUUCUACUACCUCAAAUCUGCAUGCGGUGGUGAAAGUCGAUAGUGACAAGGAACUUGACACCAUCAAGGAACUUCUUGCGCAAAGUGACUAUGACCAAGCUGACCUUCAAGUUGUGGCAGCCCAACCUUGCCAAAACCCGGUGAUGGCUGCAGCCAAUGGACAUGAUAUCGUGUUCGCGCCUGUACGAAGUAGAGGAACCUUGAAGCCUCGUGCGUUGAUACUGCAUCAAAUGACCAACACUUGCAGUGUCACUUUGGUUUCUCAGAAGAUUCGUCAGGCAAGUGCUACACCAGAAGCUCCUAAGACGGUUGUCUUGCGGAUAGCUGCUGAGGAAAGGUUUUGUUCUCCUGCUGAAUGGAAAAUUCGGAAAAACGCGCCAGCACAAAUGGCUCAGAAAUGGGCGCAGAGACAGGUUGGCUUGAACAAGUGCAAACGAAUCCAUGAUGCUUGGGGCUUCACUGAACGUUUUUACAAGAGCUCAGUAGUCAUGGGGUUGAUGCGGGUAGAUAAAGACCUCGCACUCGACUUGACUGCAAAAAGUGGCAUUGAAGGUUGGUUCUGUGAGCCAUUGAAUUGGCAGGACGCCGAUGUGCCUAACCCAGCCAUUCGUUGGAUGUCCAAAGCCGACGAUGAGAGUGAAAUCAAUUAUUUGCAACGUGUUGUUGCUGAAAAGGCUGCAUUUGGUAUCACACGUGGUGAAAAGCAACUUGGAGCCCGCACUAAGCGUGAUACUAGUGUUGCUCAUGCAAGAACCUGGACUGUGCAAGGUGCCCCUGACAGCUGGACUCAAGAAACCUUGGAGAACAUCUUGCAAAAAGAGCUCCCCAUGCAAAAUGUCACUUGCAUUUCUCGCAGAAAAGAACGUAAAGGUCGAUGCAGUUGGACAAUCAGAGCCACAACCUUGCCUGAUCAAGACUAUUUCGACCUUCAGUUUAAAGACUUUCACCUGAUUGCUUUCGUCAUAACCACUAGAGCAAGACCCAACUUUUCUGCUCGCACUCUUCCUCAAAGGAGGACCAUGCAAUUUAGCGAUGGGCAAGGUGACCUUGACAUGCAAAGCAGCCCUCCAGCUGAUCCAGUCGCGCCUACGCAGUUGGAAUCGUCUCAGGAAGAACAGUCUGGCGAGAAACAAGAUCAAGACAUGAAGGAGCCCGCUCAAAAACAUGCAGCCUCGCCCCACAAGGAGCAGCAACCUCCCAAGCGUUCCCGCGCUUCUGAACUCACAGUUCACCAGAACCCUCCGGCCCACAUGAAUCUCAUUACCAAUACGGGAGGAGGGGAUUGCUUGUUUCUCACUUGUGCCCAGGGAAUCAAUGAAGUCACCAAGCGGGAAAAACCUGAUUUGCGAGCUGCUGCCUACACAGGGGGCAGAGGCAAUCAGAAAGACUUUGAACGUGCCAGCCUCUGGGUAACCUCUGGAGAGGUCAAACAGUAUGAGCGUGAACGCAGUGCUGCUCAAAAAGGUAAAGCUGCUGGCCCUGAUGGCUGGCACGGCUCUGACUUUGCGAAACUUUCUCCUGCCUCCACUGACACUUUGAGGAAAGCAGUUCAGACAUCACAGCAACUUGAUCGAGUUUUUGAUCAAAUCCCGGGAAAGGUGUGGGAUGAUGAGUCGACGGAUCUGCUGCCAAUACGAAACGUGAUUGGGACCAAGACUGCCUCAGCACAGGCACGCAUCACAGAGCGCAUCGAAGCAAUUACAGUCCAGAUGGGUGGCGAGGAUCGGAUUUUGCUAAACUUGCGCCUGCUGCAUUCGUGUGGGAUGAUGGACCAGUUCAUUGCCAGGGGCGAUCUUGCCAAAGCUAUGUUGACCACGAAACAAGUUUGGUCGCAGUUCAUCACUGGUAGGCUUGCUGCAGCGCAGCCAGUGCUAGCUGGGUGUACUUCAAAGCUCUAUGGGCACAUGGAUUUUGCAGGAUCAGGAGGCAACGCGUGGCAAGCCCAUCGUCUCAACGCCAUGCUGCCCAACAUGAGCGAAGAACGUCGUGCAGCCCUAGUGUACAUUAUAGCAAAUUUCAAUGCCACGAAGCUGGCGCAGAAAGGAGAAGAGGGGGUCCUUCCUCUCGGGAGAGCCUGA